AACCCUAUCAUAUAAAGAAUGACAUGGUUAUAUGACAUAUGCUGACCAGAGAGGUAUCUCUUCCAGGUUUGGUCGUAAACGAGCCGCUCAGAUCCCAGUCGUUGUGAUGCUCAUAUUUACUGUCACGACUGGAUUAUGUCCAAACUUCUUUUUGUAUAUGGCAUCCCAGUUCAUAUUGGGACUUGGCUAUGGCGGUUAUCGACUGAAUGGCGUCAUAUUGGCCACUGAGUGGAUCGGGGUGUCCAAAAGAUCCUGGGGAGCAUGUAUUACUCAGCUAUUUGGAGCAGUUGGACAGUGCCUCCUGGCUGGUAUGAUCUACUUCAUCAGAGACUGGAGACUGGCUCAGCUAAUUACAGCAGCUCCACUGGCAGUUGUUGCUAUUUACAUAUGGUUUAUACCAGAGUCAGCCAGGUGGUUGUUGGACAGAGGCAGGACAGAGGAGGCUAAACAGCUGAUUACCAAAGUGGCAGCCAUUAACAAAUGCACUGUUCCAGAGUCUCUUCUGGAAAAGGUCCCUUAA